GCGCCCGUGCAGGGCAUGCUGGUUUGCUUAGCAAGCGAGGCCAGUCCGCUGGGGAAAGCUGCCGGGAAAAGGAAGAGCGGCUUCAGCAUGACAGCCUCGCCAGAGUGAGCUGCUGCUGCUGCUGCUCGGGCGGCUGGAGACGCCGGGUGCCCUUUUUCGGGCAAUGCAGAUAAACUCAACUGAGAAGAACACAAUUGUGAUGUUGCUGAAGAAGAUUCAUAGACAAAAUUUCCGGAUGAUCAUUGACUGACGGCUUUGCCUGAUGUGGUUUAGUGAACAUCACAAUAGCCAGAACAAGUUGUUCUACAUCCCUUUAUUUGAAUAACCAGACCACUUUGAUUUGCGUUCGUCACAACAUUCAACAUGUCAUUCAACAUCCAGGGCCAGAUGAACUACAUCCAAGAGUAUUAAAAGAACUGGCAGAGGCUUUUAAGGAUGGAUUAUUUUCGAGCCUCCACAUUUCUCUUUAUGCUGAUAUUAUGCAGAGGCGUCACUGCAGACACAGAGAAGAAAACCCCUGAUUCAGGAUUGGAAAUCUAUAAGAAGCUGUUCGAAGUGAAACGCAAAGACCAGAUGAAUGCGUUGAAGAACCUGAUUGAACUCAACGAUGUGAACCAACAGUACAAGAUCAUAGACAUCAUGCUCAAGGGUCUUUUCAAAGUUCUUGAAGACUCGCGGGCUGUACUUAUAGCAGCAGAUGUCCCUCCAGAUGGGCCGUUCCCUCAGGAUGAGAAGCUAAAGGAUGCAUAUUCCCAUGUGGUGGAGAACACUGCAUUUUUUGGUGAUGUAGUCCUGCGUUUUCCCAAGAUAGUGCACCAUUACUUUGACCGCAACUCCAACUGGAACAACCUGAUUCGCUGGGGAAUUGGCUUCUGCAACCAGACAGGUGUAUUUGAUCAAGGUCCGCACUCGCAAGUCCUCGGAUUGAUGGCUCAAGAGCUUGGAAUAAGUGAGAAAUCUCCAGAAUACCGGAACCCCUUUAAAACAGACAAUUCUGAAUUUUCCCCCAGUGCAGACACAUUCCAGAAGGCUCUCCGGGAGGAAGAGAAGCGAAGGAAGAAAGAGGAGAAGCGGAAGGAGAUCCGCAAGGGGCCUCGCAUCUCCCGCUCACAGUCAGAGUUGUAAUGCCGCCACCUGCUCCUGUCACCGUGACUUGCCCUGGGCGGGAGAUGGAAGCCGCUGGGAGAGGAGUAUCCCAGUCCCUUGAUGACCUCAGGAAAAUGCCAGGAUGUUGCGGUUUUGUUUUGUAAGGUUUUGGAAGUUUGUUUCUUCUUUCAGCAAGAUGUUGGCUAACAACUGGGAGGCGCCCCAGGCAGAUAUCGCGGUUUUUGAGCACAUCUUCCCUUAUGGGAAGGCUUUUUCGAGUAACUGGAAUGUACAGAGUUUGUCAGAGGCUGUUCCUCAUGUGUCUCUGUAUUUUUGUUUCAUGUGGCUUUGCCAGUUUGUAACGCUUAGGGAGAGGGGCUGCGAAAGGGAAGUUCUCCGGUUCAUGCCACCUCUGAGGUUGUGAAUUCUUGUGCAGUCAGAAUGGGAAGGUAACACAGAGUCACCUUGAAAGAGUUAAGGAUUCUAAGAGUUAUGGGUUAAGGACAUAGAUUCAUUGGGAUUAUUCACGCACUGACAGAGUACUCCUUUUGAAUGUACCUAGGAUACGUCAAAGAGGUGCUGUUAUUAAAAUGCCGUAAUAAUCCACA